AUGGUUAAGACCAAGCUUCUGAAUCUGGUGUUUUCGCAGGAAAAGCAAUACCGAAGGGUGACUCGGACGCUAAGGGAGGAAGUUAAAAACAUUUUUGUUGAAGCAGUGGACUUAUUGGCUAAGUUGGAGCUUGUAGACACCGUCAGAAAGCUAGGCCUGGAGAGUUACUUUGAGGAGGAAAUCAAACAAUCUCUUGACAUCAUAGCAGAUUCGGUCAAGAACAGCAAUAUUCUUAAUGUCGAAGAGAAUCUUUAUGUCACUGCAUUAUGCUUCAAGCUCCUCAGGCUGCAUGGAUAUGAAGUUUCACAAGGUGUCUUCAAUGGUUUUUUCGAUGGUAGUUUCAACAAAAGCAAACUCACAGAUAUUAAGGGCUUGCUAGAGCUUUUUGAGGCCUCACAUUUAGCUUACGAAGGUGAAGCUAUCCUGGAUGAGGCCAAAGCUUUUUCAAGCAGAAUUCUAAAGAAGAUGAAUUCUAGUACUAUUGAAAGCGACCUUGCAAAGCAAGUGAUGCAUGCUUUAGAACUUCCUUCCCACUGGAGAGUCUUGUGGUUUGAUGUCAAAUGGCACAUCAACGCGUACGAGGACGGACAAAUCAAUAGACAUUUGCUUACCUUGGCUAAAGUGAACUUCAACAUGGUCCAAGCCACACUUCAAAAAGAUCUUAAGGAGAUUUCGAGAUGGGAUACAAGGGAAGUUCAAGAACUACCAGAAUGUAUGAAGAUUUGUUUCCAAGCACUCCAUGAUAUAACCAAUGAGAUGGCUCUUGAAAUGCAAAGGGAGAAGGGUUGGGACCAAGUUCAACCUCAUCUAAAGAAAGUGUGGGCGGAUUUUUGCAAAGCAAUGUUUGUGGAGGCAAAAUGGUUCAAUAAAGGAUACACCCCAUCCAUGCAAGAGUAUUUGAGCAAUGCAUGGGUUUCAUCGUCAGGCACUGUGCUUUCAGUUCAUUCAUUUUUCUCUAUAAUGACUGGGCAGGUGACAGAAGAGACGUCAAAUUUUCUCGAGAAAAGUCAAGAUUUGGUGCACAAUAUUUCUCUGAUAAUUCGGCUUUGCAAUGAUCUGGGCACUUCUGUGGCAGAGCAAGAGAGAGGAGAUGCUGCUUCAUCGGUAGUGUGCUAUAUGCGAGUAGCGAAUGCUUCGGAGGAAGUUGCAAGGAAUCAUUUAAAAAACAUAAUAAAGAAAACAUGGAAGAAAAUAAAUGGACAAUGCUUCAGUGCAAAAUCACCUAUGCUGGAAUUUUUUGUCAAUAUCAACACCAAUAUGGCACGGGUGGUACAUUACCUUUACCAAUAUGGAGAUGGAUUUGGUGUUCAAGAUCGCCAGGAGAAUAAAAAGCAGAUCCUCACCCUCCUUGUCGAACCUUUCAAACUCGAUUAA